AACCGAAGCGGAAAAGAAGAUCAAAAAAUCGGGGAGAAACCAGAACUGGAGAGAAGAAAAUAAAUAAAUUUAUGGCCAAACCCUAGCCGAGACCCGCCCCGCUUGCGCUCUCCGCCGAGCGCCCCACCCCCUCUCCGUCCGCGAUGCGCCGGGCGAAGCCGCCGCCGCAGCAGCCCUCGCCGUCGCCGGAGAUUCGGUACCGCGGCGUGCGGAGGCGGCCGUCGGGGCGCUACGCCGCCGAGAUCCGGGACCCGGCCAAGAAGACCCCGAUCUGGCUCGGCACCUACGACUGCGCCGAGGCCGCCGCGCACGCCUACGACGCCGCUGCCCGAUCUCUCCGCGGGCCCACCGCCCGCACCAACUUCCCCAGCGCUGCGGUCCGUGCGCCGCGGCACAGGGCUCCCUCCGCCUCCGCCGCAGCUCCCACGGCGCCGGCGGCCGCGGCCACGUCCAGCCACAGCAGCACCGUCGAGUCGUGGAGCGGCGGCGCACCCCGCGCCGCCGCCCUGCCGCGGAGCGCCGUGCCCAUGGAGGAGGACGAUGACGAGGACUGCCACAGCUACUGCGGAUCCUCGUCGUCCGUCCUCUGCGACGACGCAUGCGGCGACGACGCGGUGGCGUCCCGCGCGCCCCUGCCGUUCGACCUGAACCUGCCGCCGCCUCUUGACGCGGCCGCUGAGACCCAUCAGAUGGGUGCCCGCUACGACACACUACUCCGCCUCUAGCUCCCGAGAACGGCCAGGAAUCAGAGGAAGGAUCGACAUUCGACACCGCUUGUUCUUCUUCGGCUGCUGACCCGGUGGUGCUCUCUCGCUAGAUGGGAUAAUUCUUGCCUCUUUCCCCUUUCUUUUUUUCUUUUCUUACCACCACGACGAUGGUGAAGAUUCCACAUUAUGUGAAUAAUUCAGUUACGUCCAUGUAAUUUGUGAGGAAGGAAAUCUGAGCUUUUCUUUA